CAGCGGGAGUGUGUGUGCGCCCCGGGCGCGGGCUGGGCGGCACUCGCACCGCGGCGGGAGCGCCGGGAGCCGGGCGGCCGCGUCGUCACUCGGGCGGGAGAGGCGGCGGCGGCGGCCGGGCCGGGGCUGGGGCAGCGGCGGCCGCGCCGGGCAUGGAGCUGGCAAGCCCGCGCUGAGGCAGGGCGCUCCUGCUAGCAGCCAGCGAGAGGCUCUCCGCCGUCCGGCGCGCGGGCUCCCCGGCCGGGGCCGGGCAAACUUUUCUUUCUCUUUUGCCCUCUCCUGAGGUAAAGUCCCGAACGCGGACUCGCCGGCGGGGGCGCCUUCUGCGGCGGGCGGACCGACUCCUCUGCGCGGCGGGGCCGGGGCAGGCUGGACGCAGCAUGAUGCGCGCAGUGUGGGAGGCGCUGGCGGCGCUGGCGGCGGUGGCGUGCCUGGUGGGCGCGGUGCGCGGCGGGCCCGGGCUCAGCAUGUUCGCCGGCCAGGCGGCGCAGCCCGACCCCUGCUCGGACGAGAACGGCCACCCGCGCCGCUGCAUCCCGGACUUUGUCAACGCGGCCUUCGGCAAGGACGUGCGCGUGUCCAGCACCUGCGGCCGGCCCGCCGGGCGCUACUGCGUGGUGAGCGAGCGCGGCGAGGAGCGGCUGCGCUCCUGCCACCUCUGCAACGCGUCGGACCCCAAGAAGGCGCACCCGCCCGCCUUCCUCACGGAUCUGAACAACCCGCACAACCUGACGUGCUGGCAGUCCGAGAACUACCUGCAGUUCCCGCACAACGUCACGCUCACGCUGUCGCUCGGCAAGAAGUUCGAGGUGACCUAUGUGAGCCUGCAGUUCUGCUCGCCACGGCCCGAGUCCAUGGCCAUCUACAAGUCCAUGGACUACGGGCGCACGUGGGUGCCCUUCCAGUUCUACUCCACUCAGUGCCGCAAGAUGUACAACCGGCCGCACCGUGCGCCCAUCACCAAGCAGAACGAGCAGGAGGCCGUGUGCACCGACUCGCACACCGACAUGCGCCCGCUCUCGGGCGGCCUCAUCGCCUUCAGCACGCUGGACGGGCGGCCCUCGGCGCACGACUUCGACAACUCGCCCGUGCUGCAAGACUGGGUCACGGCCACCGACAUCCGCGUGGCCUUCAGCCGCCUGCACACGUUCGGCGACGAGAACGAGGACGACUCAGAGCUGGCGCGCGACUCGUACUUCUACGCCGUGUCCGACCUGCAGGUGGGCGGCCGCUGCAAGUGCAAUGGCCACGCGGCCCGCUGCGUGCGCGACCGCGACGACAGCUUGGUGUGUGACUGCAGGCACAACACGGCCGGCCCGGAGUGCGACCGCUGCAAGCCCUUUCACUACGACCGGCCCUGGCAGCGCGCCACAGCCCGCGAGGCCAACGAGUGCGUGGCCUGUAACUGCAACCUUCACGCCCGGCGUUGCCGCUUCAACAUGGAGCUUUACAAGCUGUCGGGGCGCAAGAGCGGAGGCGUCUGCCUCAACUGUCGCCACAACACGGCGGGCCGCCACUGCCACUACUGCAAGGAGGGCUACUACCGCGACCUGGGCAAGCCCAUCACCCACCGCAAGGCCUGCAAAGCCUGCGAUUGCCACCCUGUGGGCGCCGCUGGCAAAACCUGCAACCAGACCACGGGCCAGUGCCCCUGCAAGGAUGGUGUGACCGGCAUCACCUGCAACCGCUGUGCCAAGGGCUACCAACAGAGCCGCUCCCCCAUCGCCCCCUGCAUAAAGAUCCCCGUGGCACCGCCGACCACUGCAGCCAGCAGCGUGGAGGAGCCCGAAGACUGUGAUUCCUACUGCAAGGCCUCCAAAGGGAAGUUGAAGAUUAACAUGAAAAAGUACUGCAAGAAGGACUACGCCGUCCAGAUCCACAUCCUGAAGGCGGACAAGGCAGGGGACUGGUGGAAGUUUACGGUGAACAUCAUCUCCGUGUACAAGCAGGGCACCAGCCGCAUCCGCCGCGGUGACCAGAACCUGUGGAUCCGCUCGCGGGACAUCGCCUGCAAGUGCCCCAAAAUCAAGCCCCUCAAGAAGUACCUACUGCUGGGCAACGCGGAGGACUCGCCCGACCAGAGCGGCAUCGUGGCGGACAAGAGCAGCUUGGUGAUCCAGUGGCGGGACACGUGGGCGCGGCGGCUGCGCAAGUUCCAGCAGCGCGAGAAGAAGGGCAAGUGCAAGAAGGCCUAGCGCGGGGUGGGGGGCAGCGGCGCGCCGGGCGGGCUGGGCGCCGGGGAGCGGGCGCCCCGCCACCGCGGCGGCGUGGACUUGGCCCGUGAGGGCUUUUCCAG